GGAACGAGUGGAACACGAUCGCGCAGCGGAAUUUUCUCGCGGAAAAUCGAAGACUUCGACUGAAAAAAAGUUUUCCCCAGCUUUGACCUAACUCGCGCAGCCCACUUGAGAACGCGUGGCCACAAGGAGGCAGCGGGCAUGAGCCAUCUAUUUAAUAUUACGGUGAAUCAAUACGGGCGUGGUGGCCGGGGAGGUCGUGGCGGCAAGAAAGGACGUGGGGGUCGUGGAGGAGGAAAUGGAGGGUGGAAAAAAAAGAAGCGGGUGGGAAGGGGAGGGCCUGUGCGCCAAGAGGUGCCGGUGGGAGAAACUCCACCGCCUUCGCCCUUCCUCGAACCACCACCUGCACGACUGAGUGUGGAAAGACCCACGGCACCACCCUUUUCCCCCUUCAACAACACUCCACCACCAUCACCCUUCAGGCCGCCUCCGCCACCGCCCCGGAUGAACCUCAAUCCUCUGGCCUCGUCCUUCGCCGGCCCAAGUUUCCCACCCCCUCGUUCCGCUGCCCCAAACAUCUCGGCGCCGGUUUUCCGGACCAGCGUUUCCCGGCGUUUCGUUGCGCUGCACCAAGCUUCCCGGCGCCGUAUUUCACGGCCCCACGUAACGUUGCCCCAGCAGAAGGCCAAGGGCCAAGGAUGGUGUGGUGGCAGGUGGGCCCGCCCCAACAGCUGCCUCCGAACGCAAGAGUAG